UCCUAAUGCUGGAGCAGAGGGGAGACCGGAGACGGCUGGUGAGCCGACCCAGCGACAGAGAGAGAGAGAAGGGGGGAAGGGAUGAUGGGGGAGCACCGGCAUCAGGAGCAGGGCCGGCGGCGGACGCUGCUGCUGGUGAGCCUGGCGUCCAUCAUGGAGCGCGCCGACGAGGCGCUGCUGCCGGCGGUGUACCGCGAGGUCGGCGCCGCGCUGCACGCCGACCCCACGUGGCUCGGCGCCCUCACGCUGUGCCGCUCCAUCGUGCAGGCAGCGUGCUACCCGCUCGCCGCGUAUGCCGCCGCUCGGCACAACCGCGCGCACGUCAUCGCCGUGGGGGCCUUCCUCUGGGCCGCGGCUACCUUCCUCGUCGGCGUCUCCCAAACCUUCCUGCAGCAAUCUCGCGGGGACUGAAUGGCAUCGGCCUCGCUCUGGUGGUACCAUCGAUCCAGUCACUGGUGGCCGACUCCAGCGACGACAGCACGCGCGGCUCGGCUUUCGGCUGGCUGCAACUCGCCAGCUGCCUGGGGUUCAUCUCCGGCGGCUUCGUCGGCCUGCUCCUAGCGCAGACCACAGUCCUCGGGAUCGCCGGGUGGCGCGUCGCCUUCCACCUCGUGGCGAUCAUCAGCGUUGCCGUAGGGGCCCUGAACUGGUUCUUCGCCGUGGACCCACAUUUCACGACGAGCGGCGCCGCCGCCGGACCAGGCAGCCACAAGCAGCCUUCCUCCUCCGUACGGCGGGUGGUGGAUGAGAUGAUCGCGGAGGCCAAGUUCGUGGUGCGGAUCCCGACGUUCCAGAUCUUCGUGGGGCAGGGCGUCAGCGGCUCGUUCCCGUGGUCGGCGCUCUCCUUCGCGUCCAUGUGGCUGGAGCUCAUCGGGUUCAGCCACCGGGGCACCGCCGUGCUCAUGACCAUCUUCUGGGUUGGGCGUUCCCUCGGUGGCCUCCUCGGGGGAAAGAUGGGUGAUCUCCUCGCACUGCGGUACCCGGACGCCGGGAGGAUCGUCCUGUCGCAGAUCAGCGCAGGCUCCGCCGUGCCCCUGGCCGCCGUGCUGCUCCUGGGGCUCCCCGAUGAUCCAACCAGCGGCGACCUUCACGGCGUCGUCCUGUUCGUGAUGGGCGUCUUCAUCUCCUGGAACGGCCCUGCGACAAACUUCCCAAUUUUUGCGGAGAUCGUGCCGGAGAAAUCGAGGACAAGCAUCUACGCACUGGGCAGGUCGCUCGAAUCGGUGCUCUCGUCGUUCGCGCCUCCAUUGGUGGGCAUCCUGGCGCAGCACGUGUACGGGUACAGGCCGGACAACAAGGGAAGGAGCGUCCGGCUGGACCGGGAGAACGCAACGUCGCUGGCCAAGGCACUGUACACGGCCAUCGCAAUCCCCUUCAUGGUCUGCGCCGCCAUUUAUUCCUUCCUGUAUUGCACCUAUCCCCGUGACAGGGACCGCGCGCGGAUGCAGUCGCUGGUGGAAUCGGAGCUGCAUCAGAUGGAGGAUGAGAGUUCUGGCUGGGAAGAUGGGGCUGAUAGACUGAAGGAGUCGUCGCCGGAGGCCGGGAAGGAUACCGCGAAACUGUUGUCAGAUGUUGAGCAACAUAGAUUAAUGCACUGAAUUCUAUAGCGGUGUUGGAACAGAUUAGGAAAAAGAUAGCCGAUUGGUACAAGUGAAAUGUAUUUAUAUAGAGCCUGAAAACAGAAAGAUUACGCCUUCUUGCUUUUUUCGCACCACAGUGUUGACCUGCCGGAGCUCCAACUUCAAAGUGCCCUGAUCUACUUCAAAGUGUCCUGAUCGAGUGAACUAGCAAUACUACCUAGGUGGAUCUCCUCAAAGAUCAUCCAAGCCACCUGCCGGGAAUAGAUACUUUUCUCCUAAAAGGAAGUAUCUUAGUUGACUUAAUUAGAGAUAGUUAUUUCUCGAUCAACAUUGUUAUUCUUUAUAGUUAUAUGGAUCAGCAUUGUUAUUCAUUUUAA